GAGUGAGUGAGAGAAAGAGAGAGAAAGAAGGGGAACACGCGUCGCGCAGGGAGCGCGAGGGAGAGAGGGAGAGACCCAAGCCGGAGAGACACAGACAACAGCGGUCGCAGCACCCGCGGCAGCAGCAGUGUCGCCGUCCGAUUGGCGAGGGGAUCGCAGCUCGCGUGUCGUCGACGACGAGAGACAAGCCUAGGUCGCCACGAUGUCGUCCUACAUCCAGGUAGCCGAGGACGAGGGCGAGGAGCCGAUCGAGCUGCCGACCGAGGACGACACCACGCUCCUGCUCACCACCCUGUCCGCCCAGUUCCCCGGCACCUGCGGCCUCAAGUACCGCAAUCCGGAGUCCCGUACGAUGCGCGGCGUCCGGCUGGUCGACGGCCGUCUGCAUCCGCCCGAGAACGGCUGGGGCAAGGCGAUCUACUUCUGCGUAUUUCCCAAAGAGAACAAACGUAAAUCUGAUGACAAUUUGGAAAAUUCCACAGCUAAGACUAAAAGAAUGGAAACGAAGUUACGUUGCACUGACUUGAUUGUACUUGGUUUGCCGUGGAAAACUACCGAACAGAACUUGCGCGAGUAUUUCGAAACGUUUGGUGAAGUACUGAUGGCACAGGUAAAGAAAGAUGCGAAAUCCGGCCAAAGCAAAGGAUUUGGUUUUAUACGGUUUGGAAGUUAUGAGUCGCAGUUGAGAUGCCUCGCUCAACGUCACAUGAUAGAUGGCAGAUGGUGCGAUGUCAAGGUUCCUAACAGUAAGGAAGGAAUGAUUCAGCAAGUUCCCUGCAAGGUUUUCGUCGGCCGCUGCACAGAAGAUCUAACCGCGGACGAUCUACGAGAUUAUUUCUCCAAAUUCGGCGAGGUCACGGACGUGUUCAUCCCGAAACCCUUCCGCGCGUUCUCGUUUGUCACUUUCCUAGACCCCGAGGUCGCCCAGUCGCUCUGCGGCGAAGAUCAUAUUAUCAAGGGCGUCUCGGUACACGUCUCGAAUGCCGCGCCCAAGUCCGAGGGCAACAAUAAGAAUUUCAAUAAUCAAGUGAACUCGAACAUGCGGGGCGGCAGGGGCGCGCCGGGACCCGUCGAUAAUAACGUGCAGGGCAAUUAUCAGGGCAACCGUUACAUGGGCCAUUCGGGCAACAACAUGGGCCCGAAUGGCUGGAAUAAUCCGGGUAACCGCGGUAACCUCGACAUGCCGAAUCUACAGGCUCUCGGUAUCACCGGGCAGAACAACGGCGGCGGUGGCGGGGGCGGUAUGUCAAACCCGCUGGCGAUGGGUGGUCUGAAUCUGUCCGCGUUGCCGGUCAACCCGGCGCUGGUGGCCGCCGCCCUGAACCAGGCGUCCUGGGGUCUGAUCGGCAACCUGCAGAACCAGGGAAACGACCAGGGUUAUUCGAACCAGCCGGGCCCACCGGGCCAGCCGCCCUCCGGUAACAACAGCAUCGGCAACAGCGGCAACUCCGGCUUCCUCAGCUGGAUGAACCAGGGCGGCGGCGACGGUAACACCGGCAACCCCGGCACCGGCGGCCCCGGGCCGAAUAACCCGAACGCGUCCCAGGGCGCCUGGCAGAAUCACCCGGGUCAGCGCGACCAAAAGUCGAAUACCUUUCUCAAGUACGAGUAAAUUCAAUCGGGGCCGUGGGUCUACUCGUAAAACCAAACGGAUCCUCCAUCCACGGGUCCCGACGCAGCAACCAUAAACGCGAACGGUGGUACACUUUGUGGAUGAGGUCGACGCUCGCACUUUUUUUUUCUUUUUACCAAACAAAAAAAAAGGUCGCGUCGACCUCGUGCAGAGAAAGAAAGGAAAAUUAAAAGAAACGAGAGCCAGAGCCUAUAGUACGUUGACGUUUUUUCUAAUGUUUUGCACUAAUCGCCACUGCGUGUAUUAUAAUAUUUCGAGAACCCUCCCCCCCCCCCCACCCCACUCUCUCUUACUGGUUUGACAAAUUAGCACAAUUCCGUUCGUUGAAUGAAGGUUUAGGUUAAACGACAAGUAAGAAGAAGGCGGAUAGCUCCGAUCGUUAUAUGAUGUGCGCCUGAUUAUUUUUUUGCGCGUCAUAUCUCCCUGGUGUGAGGGCGUGCGACGAACAGCGGCGUGAAUAAAAUCGAUACGUGAAUGAAGUUGAUGUGUGAACACAGAGCGUUAUCUGUAUACGGCAAGAAUGAGAUUGCAUGAUCGAGUAUACAUUUAUAUUGUUUAGCAUAAUAAUUGGUGAACUGUGUAACUUAACAUAUGUGUGAGACACUUGACCGAGAUUUUUUGCGGCCUGAGAAGACUUGAGCUGCUUCAGCAUUUAUCCCAACCCCCAGUGAAGUGUGUAUAUCAAGGUAUAUAUAUUUCCUACUCAAGACGAAAUUACUGCCGCACAGACGUACAGGGAAUAAUUGCAGCUACAAUCGCAUCUACAUUGUUUCUUCAUUUUAUUUAAGCAUACAACAUUCUCUCUCUUUCUCUCUGUCUCUCUUCCUCUCUCGAGCAAUUACUAAAUUACAUGGGAAGUUGGAAAUAGCUGAAGUCUUCCUUCGCCGCAAGUCUCUUUGAUAGAGGGGGCUUUAGUAAAUAUUUACUUAAUAGCGUUCGUUGAGAUACUGGCUUUCUAUCUAACCACACUUUUUAUUUAAACCGUUAAUUAAAUUUUCUCUCCGCGAACCUACGUCAAAAAUUUUGACGCGGCGGGAGAACCUUGAUUGAUCGCCUCGGUUACGAAUCGAGAUUAUUUGUAACAGGCGAUCGAUCUAAUGGGUGCAAUGUGGUAAUAGAUGAAACUGUAGACCAAAGCCAAUUAAUUUUGUUAUAUCGAUUCAAGAUCCGCGCCGAAAUUGCUAGACGUUGUUUGUAAUUAAAAAGCGUUAUAUAUUACAAUAUAUAACCUCGCCAUCGCGUUUUUCAACAUACUGUACAGGGUAUUUCAUUUCUUGCUCGUUACUUUUUAACGGAUAGAUUUCUCGAUUAUUUUAGAUAAUUUUUUUUUCUCGCCUCGAUGUAAUUCCGGAGAUCCUAGAACUUUGUUGCUGCGCGAACAGACUUCUCUCGCGUCGGGAUACUCUGCGCUUCAAAGCUCCGCAGCCGUGAUAUAUAUUUUUUUUCUUUCGCCAUAACAUCUAGCAAAAAAUGUUUUCGACGUGGGUAACAACUUUAUUUCGUAAUUCUCUAUAUAAUAUAUUCGCCGUUGUAGCGAAAGUACGUUAUUUAAAAAUAUUUAUUUCAGAAGACGCUAAAUAAUAAAAUGAAACAACUUGAACAUAAAACCUAAUGAAUCGUGCGAGAUAAUAAGAAUUACGAAAAAAGAAAAAAAAAGAAAUACGUUUAUCUCUGAAGAGAGAUAAUCGACAGAUGAAAUAGAAAUUUAGUAUUUAUUGUUUUAGGCAUUAAGUGGACCGAAAAUUUUCUUUGGUUGUGUGGUACAAAGUUACCUCCGUUGAAAGAAUCUUAUCUCUAUUUUGCAGCACUUUUUACCUGCGAAAGAUUAACGUUUUUCCAAAAAAAAAAAAAAACCUGAUCUUUAGAAGGAACGUACAAAUUGCGAAUGAUAUGUCUGAGAGUGUAUGAAUGUGUCAGAAUUGCGCGCGCGCAACACACCUGGAGGUUGAUCGCAGCUAUCCGUAUUGUAUAUUAUUAUUAUCAUCGAUUUGAACUUCUGUUUCAAAUAUCUCAAAUGUAACACAUAAAUAGCUUAUUAUGUGAGAAUUUUACACUAGUGUGCAGGUGUGUCAAAAUUAUUGAUCGAUUGUGUGUGAAAGAAAAUCGUUUGAAUUGGAAAUCGGAUUUUUUUCCAUUUUUAAUUGAGUGAUUUGAAGUAAGCGGGAAGAGAAGAUGUUUAGAUGUCUCUUAUAUGUCUGUGUAUAAUGUGUCGAUAAGUUUUGAAUGAAAUAAUCCUUGAUGAAAAAGACUUUCGAAACUGUUUCCCGAUUGAACGAUAAUGAAAAAAAAUAACGGUAGCUUUACUGGUCGAGAGUAUUUAUUUUUCAAAGAAAGAAAGAAAGAAAAAGAAAGAGUCGUGUAGCGCGGAGGAAGGAAAAAAUACAAUUCACAUCUCACAAUUAUAGUCAAUAACUUUAACAUACGAGAAUAGCAUCGCAAUUAAACUUUUAAAAAGACCGCAUUCGUAUUCACCGCGAAUAUCACUGUAUACCACGUUUAAAGGAAUUAAUUUAGAUUGACUAUUUCAGAGUACACUAAUUAUCUCUUAUGAAGUAUAUUAAUUGAGAGAAUAAAAUAAUCCUUCUAUAUAAGAGAUGUAUGUACUGUUGUAUGCUUUUCAUUUUGUCGUAUAGUGAUUUCUCAUCGACUUCCUUCUUUUGAGGAAAGAAAAGGAAAAAAAAAGAGCGCGAGACACUACUUAAUAUACAAUUCUAUAAUGAUAAUAAUACUCUCUCACUCUUUCUCUCUCAUUAUAUAGCGUGAGUUCUCCCGUCGAUAUGCGUGUGUGCCGCGCGCGCGUUGUAUAGAUGAGACAGAGAUAAAUCCUCUAAAAAAAAAACUUUGAGAAUGUCGAAAACUGGAUUGUGCUCGAUUGAGAGAAGCGCACGUUGUGUGUAUGGCGGUUGAAUGGUAUCUGUUGAUGGUCGUCUAAGAAAAAAAAAAAAAAAGCCUAUUACCACAGGCGUGAGUUUUUACUACUAGCAAAAAUGAUAAUGUCGUUUGUUUAGAGCACUGAGAACGCGUGUACUUGGCGGGGCGAGGUGAAGAGAUGGUGACUGAGAUAAUAAUGCAUAAGGCGAGCGGGGGAGCACUGCGGUAUUUAAGAUGAGAAUGAGCAAAAAGUCGUCCAGUGUGUGUCUGGUGUAUAUGUAGAUCGAGAGGAGAUUGUUUAUACACGUAGCGUAUGUAAGAAAAAGGCUAAAUUAUAUACACACACACACACACACACACACACACGCAUACACACAUACAUACAUACAUACACAGUUUUCAAUGAGGAGAGAUAGACGAUGUGAAGUUGGUUGAUUGCGCAUUCUGCCACGCUAUUAAGUCUAUAAAUUGUUAAAUCGAUCUACAUAGAAGCUGUGGUUUAAGAGAGGACAACUUUUAAAACAGACACUGGAAAAAAAAACCGUACCAAGCUUGUCGCUGAGGCACGAAUGUUCGCGCUUUUAAAUUUCCCCCUCGAUGUCUGAAAAUCUAUUUUCAGGGAGAACGUAGUUCCUUAUUACGAGAUACGAGAGAGGUGUAAGAAGAGAAUAGAAGAUAGAGUAAAGAUAAAGUAACUUGAUAUAAGAGGUAAAAGUGAACUCGUCGAUGGAUGACUGUACGAUGGACAAUAUAGCUGAUCGACGGGCUCGAACAUUCGUGCGUGAGCCGUCGCGAUUACAGAUCUACGAUGGCAUCUGACAAUUAAGUUUGUAUAGACGCAUCUCCUUUUUUCUACCACCUUCCAUAGAUUGGAGGUACAGUGGAUGUGCAUGUCUUUUAUCUCUUCUCGCGCGGCUUAUGUUUCAACAUAAGUUUCAUUCUUCGAUAACAAAACUCACACUGCGAAUAAUAUAAUUAUUGUUGACUACUUGUUUGGCAAGAAGCAACGAGUGUUUUGUUUUCCCUUGAGAAAAAGUAAGAAAUGUUGUAAAACAAGAUUUCACUUAAAAAAAAAAAAAAAAAAAAUUACAUGUAAAGUAUUAGAAAGAGGUACUUUUGUCAUUGUCUCGUUUAUUGGAUAAACAAAUUGUACAUCCAAAUGAAUUUUUCUACCCUGUGGAUUUAAUUGUCAGGCCACGUAUUUCAAAUCGUUUGAAAUAGCGAUGCCUACGACACUAUCUGGCACCCUCUCGUGACCCCCUCAAUCGGUGAGUUUCUUCUUUUUUUUUUUUUAUGGCGCGCGGGAGACGAGAGUUGCCCACUGCUCAAAGGAUGCCUUGCAAAACGAUUUGGAAGCGAUCUGCGAAGUAUGUAAAUACGGAUUGAUAUAAAGCAAUUUUCAUAAUCGCUCACGAAAAAAUGUAAACGAAUUUUAUUGUAGAAGUUUAGCUGUGCUCUGUAAAAGUCGCUCGGUAUAUUGUUGUGUCUCGUGAGAGGGAGAGAGAGGAAAAUGAGAGAUGAGUCCUGCGUGUGACGAUGAGUCCGAGAAAGGAAAAAAAAAAAAAAUACGUGUGCCGUGAAAACGUUGUCGUUGUGAGAAUGUUGAUUCUGAUCCGUCGAUCUCUCGCGGCUGUUUAUAUAACGGAGGGGUUUUCUCCAGCCGCGUCGCGCGAGGAGGAGGAGGAGGAGCGUCCGCGGUGAGGGGCGACCGCGCGAGUCCGGCAUUCUUUUACACUUUUGAGAUACACUUCCGAGCUAUAUACAAAAACGUGAGUCGAAUGCGAAUCGAGACUACCGUGGAUUUUUUACCGUGUGCGAGAAACGAUCUCACGAUUUUUGCGCGUGCCGCCGCAACCCGUCGAGUAAAAAGAAAAAAAGAGAAAAAAAAAAGAAAGCAGCGUCCUCGCAGAGUUUUCUUGUCCGCUACAGGCAGCGAGAGCUGCGCGCGAGAAUCUAUUCGUAGAUACGAAUACGUUAGAUAAAACGUCGCGCGAACGGCAAUUACGUUUUCCCACUUCCGUUGCCGUUUUACGGGUUUUUGCCGUGAAAUUGUAAAGCGUUUUCCCGAGUUCGCCGAGCCGAUGCGAGAAUACUCAACUGCUCUCCGUAACGUUUCUCCGUUGAUUGUAGUGUAUGUUAAAUUAUGCCGAGAAUAAAAGACCCAAGCAUCGUGGGGGUACCAAUAGA